UCGCAGGUGGCGCAAAGAUCGGGUACAGUGUUUUGUUGGUGUGUCUGUCAAAUAAAUCAAAUAUUUCAGUCUUGUGCAUAGCGAACAUGGCGGCAACACGUAAAAGGCAGGACGAGAAAAAUUUGAAAACUCUACGUGAAUUAGUGUCGUUAACGCACAACAAGCACUGUUUCGAGUGCAACCAGAGAGGCCCCACUUACGUGAACGUAACCAUCGGAAGUUUCGUCUGCACAAAAUGUUCUGGAAUGUUGCGAGGAUUGACACCUCCGCACCGUGUAAAGUCCAUCUCCAUGGCUACGUUCACCCAAGAGGAAAUUGACUUGCUGCGAACGCGGGGUAAUGACUAUUGCCAGAAGAUUUGGCUCGGCCUUUACGAUGGCACGAAACCUGUCGACAGGGAUGAGCAGGCUGUCCACACUCUGAUGCUAGACAAAUACGAGAGGAAGCGCUACUACAUGGAACCAUCGGUGGCGCUGAAAAACGGAUACAACAAGCAGCAAACGGUGACGGCGACAGAGAGCAGCCCGAUGAAGACCCAAGAGGCUGCAGUCAAACCUCUGGCCACCAUCAUUGCGGAACCGAGACCGCUCCGGGUGAACGGAGACAAGACAACGAAGCACGACUUUGUCGCGGAUUUUGCACAUGCCAACAUCUACAACGCUGCCAACAACAACGCCACUGCCAUCAACAACACGAUACCAUCUAACACGACGACAAAUCAGCUCUCCUUCGCUAACUUCGACAACAACACCAUCUUCAACAAUGCUAGCGAGGACAGAGAAGACGAGGAGGAGUUCAGUAUUUUCAAUCUGCAAUUCACAAAUAAUGGGCCGGUGUACAAUCACAUUCCGCUUUUUCCCAAGAUGAAUGUGAACAGAUGGAGUAUGCCUUUAACGACUAUGAACGGUUUGAAUGGAUCACAUCAUAACAAUCAGCAGCAGCUGCACCACCAGCAAUCUCAUCCUUCUUCUAACGGUCCCUCAGCGCCUUCCGAGGAUCGUUAUGCUGCCCUGAAGGAUUUGGACAAUGCGUUCAAAGCGCAGCCAAUGCUUGAUUGGACUUCGACAGGUUCCAAUUCUAGUCUUUACAGUUCUCCAACAACUGCUGGAUCGAUUUACAGUUCGACCGCGUCGCCUCAGAGUUCAUCUUACGGCUCACCUAGUCAAGGUCAAUUUAUGAACCAAUUUUUAUCGCAAGAGCCUUCGAACAUUUCGAAUCCCUUCAACUCGAAUGGAAUUUGGGGUGCCGCAAAUGGAAACAAUCAACAUUGCGGUAGCAAUGGAAUCAAUCCGUUCUUUUCUACGCCCACUGCACCAGAUACGUACAACAUGAACGGGGGUGGUAGUAUGUUUUCGACGCCGCCCAUAAAUGGUACCACAUGGAUACCGAACCCAUUCAAAGUAGCGAAUGGACACUCGAAUAAUCCAUUUUUAUGAG